ACAAGCAUGUGAUACUGUGAUUGAUGCUAUUUUCGUUAAUCACACUCAAAACACUAACCCCAACAAAUUAAAAAACAGAUUCAAACAAUUCUUCUUGCCUUCUCCAGAAGAAACCAAAUUCAAUCAAAUCCUCUUUUCUUCUUCCUUCCUUCAUCUCCACACCAAAUCCCCAAAAUCCAAAUCCCAAAUUCGAUCUCAUCAAAAUGGAAGAAGUUGAAGAACAAGUUAAAAAAAUCAUAGAUGAGGUCAAAGAGCUUCACGAUUCAUCCGCUUCUUUCAUUUCACGUUCCUCUCAACAAGAGCUUUCUCUCCGUCAACAAGCCUCCUUCGUCGAUUCAUCCAUCCGUCGUCUCCACUCCUCACUCCUCUCCAACAAAAACCUCGACCCUAAACUCGUCGACAAGCUUGAAGAGGAUCUGCAUCGUGCUCGUUGCAUGCUUGUUGAUGGAGAAACGUCUUCAUUUCUCCCAUCCAAACCUCAAGGAAGGUUUGUGAGAAUGUUUUUGGGACCUGUGAAUGUUAGAGCUUUGCGUAAAGAUGUUCAGCUUAAAGUUAAAGAAGAAUACAAUAGCUACAGAGACAGGACUGCUCUUCUUUUUCUUUUUUUCCCUGCAACACUUUUAAUCCUUAGAUCUUAUUAUUGGGGUGGUUGUUUGCCUGCGUUUCCUGUCCAGCUUUACGAGGCGUGGCUGUUGUUUCUAUAUGCUGGGUUGGCUAUGCGAGAGAACAUAUUAAGAGUCAAUGGGAGUGAUAUUCGUCCAUGGUGGCUAUAUCAUCACUAUUGUGCCAUGCUUAUGGCCCUUGUCAGCCUCACAUGGGAAAUCAAAGGUCAACCUAACUGUGUCCAGAAACAAAGAGGAGUCCAUCUCUUCCUUCAAUGGGCUAUGAUGCAAGGUGUCGCCAUGCUUCUGCAAAACAGAUACCAACGCCAAAGACUAUACACUCGCAUUGCUUUAGGAAAGGCUAAGAGAAUGGAUGUCGUAUGGGGAGAAACAGCUGGCGUUGAUGGACAACUAUGGCUGUUAUGUCCUAUACUUUUCCUUUUACAGGUGUUUGAAGCAUACGUUGGACUGCAGUUGCUAAGAAAAACAGUAACUGGAGUUGUUACUGAAUGGCAGGUGAUGGUGUGUGGCAUUCUUCUGGUAGUGAUGGCAGUUGGGAACUUCAUAAACACAGUAGAGACACUGAUGGCAAAGUCAAGGGUUAAGGCAAAGAUGAAGAGAAGUAAAAGCAAAGCAGAGCUUAAUUAGAACUUCACAGGUCUCAUCUGUUCAAAUCAGUCUUUUCUCUUUUUUGCAAUUCAUAUUUGUUUUUUUUUUUGUUUUCUUAGGCCACAAAAGUCACAUCCUGCGAUCUGAAUACUAAAGAACAUCCUUUUUUCUGUGUAUAUGGAAGUGGCAGUUGAUAUUUUUGAUAAUUUAUGUUUGUAUUCUUACAAUUUCAA